GAGCCGGGCCGGGCCCGCCGCCGCCGCCAUGCCCCAGACGGCCCCGCCGCCGCCGCCACCGCCGCCUCCGCCUGCCGCCGCCGCCGCCGCACCAUGAAGCGGCAGAACGUGCGAACGCUGGCGCUGAUCAUGUGCACCUUCACCUACCUGCUGGUGGGAGCCGCCGUCUUCGACGCGCUGGAGUCGGAGGAGGAGACGGCGGAACGGCGGCGGCUGGAAGCGAAGAGCCAGGAGCUGAAGAGCAAAUACAACCUCAGCGCCGAGAGCUACCGGGAGCUCGAGUGGGUCGUCCUCAAGCUCAAGCCGCACAAGGCCGGCGUCCAGUGGAAAUUCGCCGGUUCUUUUUACUUCGCCAUCACCGUCAUCACUACCAUAGGUUACGGCCACGCAGCCCCCAGCACAGAUGGGGGGAAGGUCUUCUGCAUGGUCUACGCCCUGCUGGGGAUCCCCCUCACUCUCGUCAUGUUCCAGAGCUUGGGUGAGAGGAUCAAUACCUUCGUCAAGUACCUCCUCCACCGCAUCAAGAAGUGCCUUGGCAUGAGGCGGGCGGAGGUCUCCAUGGCCAACAUGGUCACCAUUGGGUUCUUCUCCUGCAUCAGCACCCUCUGCAUCGGGGCAGCUGCCUUCUCCUACUACGAGCACUGGAGCUUCUUCCACGCCUACUACUACUGCUUCAUCACUCUCACCACCAUCGGCUUCGGGGACUACGUGGCCCUGCAGAAGGACGAGGCCCUGCAGAACAAGCCGCAGUACGUGGCCUUCAGCUUCGUCUACAUCCUGACCGGGCUGACCGUCAUCGGAGCUUUCCUCAACCUGGUGGUGCUGCGCUUCAUGACCAUGAACGCCGAGGACGAGAAGCGGGACGCCGAGCACCGGGCGCUGCUCACCCGCAACGGCCAAGCCGGCAGCGUCCACGCCGCCGACGCCUCCUCGGCCGUGCCGGCGGCGGCGACGGGAGGCGGCGGCGGCGGCUUUCGGAACGUCUACGCCGAGGUUCUCCACUUCCAGUCCAUGUGCUCGUGCCUGUGGUACAAGAGCCGGGAGAAGCUGCAGUACUCCAUCCCGAUGAUCAUCCCCAGGGACCUCUCCACCUCGGAUACCUGCGUGGAGCAGAGCCACUCCUCGCCCGGGCGCUGCCUGGAGACGCCUUCCAACAAAUGCUUCUGCAACGCCCGCCGCUCGGCCAUCAGCUCCGUCUCCACCGGGCUCCACAGCCUGGCGGCUUUCCAGGGGCUCACCAAGCGCCGCAGCUCCGUGUAGCCCCGCUCCAUCCUCACCUGUGCCCCCCCUAGGCCCCUACCUUGGCCCCCGUGGGCAAGGACAACACGCAGGAUGCUGAGCGCCGGGCGAGCCCCGCGGCCAGGGACCUUUCCUGGCCACGGCAGGAGGAAACGAACCCCAGGGUGUAGCUGUGGAGGGGGAGGCAGCAGUUUAGGACAUCCAGGAGGAUGCAGGAGCAACAGUGAGGUUGUCCUGGCCCUCACUGAAGCGGGAAGAAGGGAUCUGCUGCUUUUGGUUUCUUUUCUUUUAAUUUAAGUUAAUUUUUAUUCUGUUUUGCAAAAAAAAAAAAAAAACAAACACAAAAACCACUCCUCAAAAAUGUGAAACUUGAGCUAGAGAGUGUUUUAACCUGAUGAGGUGGGGAGGGGGGUUGCCUGCACCUCCUACCACAAUACCUCUGUGCAAGUAGCUGGGGCAGCCCUUUGGUACCCUCAUAGUUGCCCCGCGGUAGCCCCGCGGCAGCCUGAGCACGGCCCUGAGCUGGAUAUGUGUGAACCGGAGGCCUCAAGGGACACGGGAAGAGGAGGACAUGGGGCUCCCGGCACCACCAGUGGGCAGCGGCAAGGUCCCAGUCCCCUCCUGCCUCGACCUCCUCCAGCCGCGGGCUGCCCCGGGGGAAGGCAGGGCCCCGGGCAGCGAGGGAUGCCGUGGCGAAGGCAGGCACGCAUCAGUGGACAAAUCAGGCUAAGAGGGGCUUAGAGCUUUUUCGUCCACUGCACACAGCAGCCUGCCCCUGCGGCCCAGGAAACAAGCUGUGAGUCACGUAGGCUGCCCAAAACGCCUGGGCAGCCCCCGGAGAGCCUUAUGGGGUUAGCUUAACCCUUCUUGCGUGGGCAAACCUGGGCAAACUCCCGGGGGCGAGGCAGUGGGAAGCCCAGAACCAUCCACAGGAGGCAGGAUGGGCAGCAGCAGCUCUCACCCCGUUUCCAUCCUCCCUUGUGACAGUUAGGGACUCCCAUCCCUAUCCUCACCUGCAGCAGCUCUGGGACUCCCGUCUCUGCCCUCCCCUGUGGCACCUCUAGGACCCACAUCUCCACCCUCCCUUGUGACAGUUCUGGGACUCCCCUCUCUGCCCUCCCCUGUGG